GAGUCCUCUGACGGCCUCAGCCAGGGAAUUUCAAUUUGAAACCUACGGGAGGGAGGAGGCGGGUGCUGCGGCCGGCGGCUGACGCUGAAGCUGGACGGGGUUCCCGCGGCGAGCGAGCUCCUGAGUGCGGCGUCCGGGCGUCCUUGGAUCGUGCCAACGAGCAAGGUGGUAGCAGUGAUCACAGAGCUGGGCUGCACGUGUGAGUUCCGAGGAGCUCGAGUGAUUACCCAGUGAAUCCAUCCCUGGUAAAUUUCUCAGAGCUUUGAAGAGAGGCAUGAUGUGGUAUACCUAGCCAUUAACAUUAUGUGCCAGAAUAAGCUGUGACCAUGACUACUGAAGUGGGCUCCGCAUCUGAAGUGAAGAAAGAAUCUGACCAGUUAGGCGCAGAUGCAACCAAGGAGAAACCGAAAGAAGUAGCAGAAAAUCAGCAGAAUCAGUCAUCUGAUCCAGAGGAGGAAAAAGGUUCCCAGUCACCUCCUCCAGCUGAAAGCCAAAGUAGUCCACGCCGCCAGAAGAAAGAGAAAGAUCCAUCUGAGAGCAGGGGGAUUUCUCGAUUCAUACCCCCGUGGCUUAAGAAACAAAAGUCCUAUAACUUAGUAGUGGCCAAAGACAGAGGAGAUAAAAAAGAGCCUACCCAAGCUGUUGGGGAAGAGCAGAUUUUAGAUAAGGAGGAACCUCUUCCUGAAGAAGAAAGGCAGGCCAAGGGUGAUGCUGAAGAAACAGCCCAGAGAAAACAACAGGAGAUUAAGGUUGACGUCAAGGAAGAGAAACCUCUGCCUGUUGAGGAAGUAAGUAAGGAGAGAGAAGAGGAGAAGGUAAAGGAAAUACAGGAGGACAAAUCGGAUGAAGCAGCAAACAGGGAGACGAAGGAAGUUCAGACCAAUGAGCUAAAAGCAGAGAAGGCCUCUCAGAAAGCCACCAAGAAGACCAAAACUGUUCAGUGCAAAGUGACCCUCCUGGAUGGCACCGAGUACAGCUGUGACCUGGAGAAACGUGCUAAGGGACAAGUGUUAUUUGACAGAGUGUGUGAGCAUCUCAAUCUCUUGGAGAAGGACUACUUCGGACUUGUGUUUCAGGAGAACCCUGAGCAGAAAAACUGGCUAGAUCCCGCAAAAGAAAUAAAGAGACAGCUGCGAAAUCUUCCUUGGCUGUUCAGCUUUAAUGUGAAGUUUUAUCCUCCUGAUCCUUCUCAGUUGACUGAAGAUAUCACCAGAUACUUCUUGUGCCUUCAGCUGCGGGAAGACGUUGCCUCAGGCCGCCUGCCCUGCUCUUUUGUGACGCACGCCCUCCUGGGGUCGUACACUCUGCAGGCUGAACUUGGGGACUGUGACCCAGAAGAGCAUGGCAGUCAUGACCUCAGCGACUUCCAGUUUGCCCCUACACAGACAAAGGAACUGGAAGAGAAAGUGGCAGAGCUGCAUAAGACCCACAGGGGAUUAUCUCCAGCACAAGCUGAUUCUCAGUUCUUAGAAAAUGCCAAGAGGCUUUCCAUGUAUGGAGUCGACCUGCAUCAUGCCAAGGACUCAGAAGGCGUGGACAUCAAGCUGGGUGUGUGUGCUAAUGGGCUUCUCAUCUACAAAGACAGACUGAGAAUCAAUCGUUUUGCUUGGCCGAAAAUCCUGAAAAUCUCCUAUAAGCGCAGUAACUUCUACAUUAAAGUUAGGCCAGCAGAGCUGGAACAGUUUGAGAGCACCAUUGGCUUUAAACUGCCAAACCAUCGGGCAGCGAAAAGGUUAUGGAAAGUGUGCGUGGAACAUCAUACUUUCUACAGGCUUGUGUCUCCAGAGCAGCCACCAAAGGCCAAAUUCCUGACCUUGGGGUCCAAAUUCCGCUAUAGCGGCCGUACCCAAGCGCAGACCCGCCAGGCCAGCACCCUCAUUGACAGGCCGGCACCGCACUUUGAACGCACUUCUAGUAAGCGGGUCUCCAGGAGUCUAGAUGGAGCUCUGAUUGGUAUUGUGGACCGAAGUCUUACGAAGGAUUUUCCUGGCCCUGCUGGGGAGGUUUCAGCACGUGGCCCUGGAGCUGUGAGCCCUGCUGUGGUACAAGAUGGUGAUGGCAGCAGGGACAUUAGAAGCCCAGCUAAAACCCCACAUGUGCAACUCACUGAAGGAAAGGCGAAGACGGAAGAGGAGGAAACGCAGCUGGAGGAGAAAAAUUCCUUGAGAGUAGAAGGGGAUAAUAUUUAUGUCAGACAUAGCAAUUUAAUGUUGGAGGACCUGGAUAAGGCCCAGGAGGAAAUACUGAAACACCAGGCUAGCAUUAGUGAACUCAAGCGCAAUUUUAUGGAAUCCACACCCGAACCACGCCCUAAUGAAUGGGAAAAACGACGUAUCACACCUCUGUCCCUACAGACACAAGGGAGCAAAGGAGACCAUCUUUUCAAGGAUAUUUUAUCCAUGACGGAGAAGCAUCAGAUGGCGGCCGCAUGGACAGUUGAAGAGAAAGCCCAGGAGGCAGACAAGAGUUCACUUGAGACUCUGAAUAUAGUGGAGGAGAAGAAGCAGGCAGAGGUUGGGAAAGACGAAAGAGUAACCCCGGCAGAGAUGAACGGUAAAGAGCCGUCCCCUGGGCAUGGUCCUGGGGAGAUGCGGAAGGUGGAGCCGGGGACGCAGAAAGACUCCACCUCCCUGUCUUCUGAGAGCAGCAGCGAGAGCGAGGAGGAGGAGGACGUGGGGGAGUACCGGCCCCACCACCGAGUGCCGGAGGGCACCAUCAGGGAGGAACAGGAGGAGUGUGAAGAAGAGGUGGACCAGGCGCCCGGCCAAGCAGCCGAGGUAGUAGAGAGGCAGGACCCAGUGCCGGCAGCCAGCGUGCUCACCCGAGCAGGUGCCAGCGUCGGCACGGUAGAAACAGUGACCCAGGAAAAGGUAGCGGGCCCCCAGAUCCCUGCCCCGAAGAGUGUAAACGAAGGCGCCGUUAAGCAAGACGUGGGCGAAGACACGGAGGACGACGAGCAACAGAAAGUUAACGGAGAGGUGGCUCCCGUUGACAUUGAUGUUUUGCCGCAGAUUAUCUGUUGUUCAGAGCCACCAGUGGUAAAAACAGAGAUGGUAACAAUUUCUGAUGCCUCACAAAGGACAGAAAUCUCCACCAAGGAAGUCCCUAUUGUCCAAACUGAGACCAAAACCAUCACAUAUGAGUCUCCGCAGAUUGAUGGCGGGGCUGGUGGUGACUCGGGCACGUUACUGACUGCGCAGACCGUCACCUCCGAGUCCGUGUCGACAACGACAACCACACACAUCACCAAGACUGUGAAAGGUGGAAUAUCUGAAACAAGAAUUGAAAAGCGCAUCGUGAUCACAGGAGAUGCAGAUAUUGAUCACGACCAGGCGCUGGCCCAGGCCAUCAGGGAAGCCAGGGAGCAGCACCCCGACAUGUCGGUCACGAGGGUGGUGGUGCACAAAGAAACCGAGCUGGACGAGGGGGAAGAGUAAGAAAUUCAUUUUGUAGACAACAUUCAACUUUGUGAACCUGAAAAAUUUUGACCAUUCCAAGUCUUAAUGCCACACCACUGCUCCAGAGAAUUUAUACUACGACUGGUAACAAUGGCCAGAAGCCUGAAGAAUUAAAAUGCCAACACCAAACCUUACCUUAACAGCUCUGGUCUAUACCGUUCCCCCGCAUUUUAAUAUAUUAUUUUGUUUUAUAACCACUUCUAAAUAUUCUUGGUUAUUUCUUUUCUUUGUUGUUGUUGUUUUUUUUUUUUUUUUUAGUUAGAGAGUUUCGUGUUUUGUUUCCUGUUUACUUUGUGUACAACUACCUGCUUUCUGUGACUCAUUUUGAGCAAAUGAUAGUGAACAAAGCCAGCCCCAGCUGGUAAGGUGCUGUUCACUGGAACAGGUGCUGUUGUGCGGAAAGGAGACUCUGUGACUAAUUCCGAUAGUGGCUUUCCUUCUUCCGGACGCUUCCCAUUGAGUUCUUACAAGUCAAUAUUUACAGAGUUCUCAGUUUGCAGUAAAUAUACUUGUAUGAGAAAAUAUUAAUGCAGAUUAAAGGCGUUUCUUACAUCGUGAAAAUUUUCUAAUGUUUGAGAAUUUCAUUGGGGCUAUUUUUUGAUAUUGAACCCUUUUGACUUUCCAGUACCGUGACUUUUUACUUUUAGCGGAAAGUCCGGGAAUCUCCAAACUGGAGAAUUAUGAUGAAGUUCACUGACCACGCACUGUGUUUAGAGGCCCUGUUGCACCACAGUGCCGGUGCUUCUCAGACACGGGCUCUUCGGCAGCAUUCCAGAAAUAGGAGGGGAGAGAAAGCGAUAUCUUCCCUCCUACUAAAAUAUUCAGGCAGCUUAAAAACCUUAGUGCUUUCUUUCUUAACAUGUCCAAAUUUCAGUACUUUCCAUUAUUUGAACACUCGUGUAGAACACUUUGCUUUGUAUUAAACCUCCUUGUCUCCACGUAAAACUGACCUUUUGUUAUCGAGCAGGUAUAUCUCUUUCAGAUAGCGUGGUGAUCCACACAGGUGUGAGGUUGCCAGGGCGAGGAGUUAGGGCCAUGGUGGUUUUUUGACAGUUGUAAGAAGGCUACACCAUUUAAAGCUGACACCAGAGACCUGAUAGGGACUUAUUAACUGUAUUGAACAGUCUUUCUUUUGCUUUGGCCCUAUGUAUAGUUAUGAUGCCAGAUUAGAUUCCUAGCAGCUUCAAGUUGUAUUAAAUGAUAUUUUGCUUUCUGUAAUACUGUUAUAAAAUAAAGUUUGUUUAUUCUCUAAA